AUGUCGAACGGUCGCUCUACCUCCCCUAUCACCGUCCCCGAGUCGGAGAAUCGCCCCCGUCGUGGCUCCGUUGCCUCCGGCCUCCCCUUCACGGACCUGUUCUCCAAGCAGAACAACUUUCCGUCCGGCCACCAGACAGGCAACAUCCAAACCAACCAGCCGCGCCGGCUGUCCAUCACCACCCUGGGCCUGUCAGGCUCGCCCACCCAGACCUCCACGUUUGGUAGCCGGGCUUUCCGCCAAGGCAGCCUGUCCAGCUCGUGGGGGUCGGCCCCGAACAAUGAAGAUGCCGUUGCGGAGGAUAUAGAGGGCUCGCCGGGGGCCACCCCCAGCUCUCCCCUCGCCCGACGAGUCUCAUUUGGUGCCCAGGCCCUGCGUGAGGCCCGGGCCGGAAGCAUAGGCAAUGGUAGAUACCCACCCCCCAGUUCAUCCCUGGCAGGGGCACGCCGUCCGCCGUCGUCCGCGGCGCCCGGCGACUCCUCCGCCCCGGGCAACAGCCCCCCCUCCCGAUCUCCCGCUGCUUCUGCAAGUUCUUCAGCUACUCCUCUGGAUGAGAGAUCUAACGCAUCGCGCCGCCCAGGCGAAGGCUUCAACUGGACCGAGGCGCUCCGUCACCGGGCCGAGCGCGCCCCGUCCAUCGGUGGACCCCCGCAGAGUCCCGUCCGCCAGGCCGGUCACCAGCGUGCCGCGUCGAUUGCCUCGAUGGAGCAGCCCGUCCGGGAAAUCCCUAAGCAGCCCAAACAGAACAAGCCCGAUUUCUUCCAGGAGAAGAUCCUGCGCGGUGACUUCAUGGACUAG